AUCAAGAAUAACCACCCGCUUAACUGCUCCAUCACGAGCUACAGGGAACGGGUUGCCUGGAAACGGCCGCAUGGCAACAGGAUCAGAGCCGGGGGGUUGUGUCUGCUGCCAGCUCUGCUCCCGUUUCCCAUUUCCUCACUAGAUGGUGUGCAAGCCACUGGAGAGUCGACUUCCUCCCGCGGUCAGGUUCCGAUCAAAACAAAUCUGGAAAACUACACGGAACGCCAUUUCUCGGGGUCUUCGCGGAGGAUUAAUAUAUUUUCAUCCAGAUAUUUAUAUUUUUAUUUUUGAUAACGGCGCGGAUCGUACUCCACUCGGCGGUGAUGGACAUAAUGAUUGCAGUGCAGGAUGCGUGCGUCUCCGGUCAGUGGCUCACCGCUAUAAUUCUUAGUCUUUGCUGCUUUUUACCGUCGUGUUUGCCCGCUGGACAAACUGUGGACUAUACUACGUCCAGCGAGAGUGUGGUCAGCAGACAGGGAGACACCGCGCUGCUCAGAUGCUACCUGUUGGAUGGGAUCUCAAAAGGAGCAUGGUUGAACCGUUCCAGUAUCAUUUACGCAGGGAAUGACAAGUGGUCAGGGGAUCCUCGUGUGUCCAUUGUAUCAAACGUGGGGGAUAAACAUGAAUACAGCUUACAGAUACAGAAAGUGGAUGUAACGGACGAGGGCGUCUACACCUGCUCAAUACAGAGCGAACGUAAUCUACAUCCAAAGCUCAUUCAGUUAAUUGUAAAAGUUCCCCCCAAAAUCUAUGACAUUUCAUCGGACAUUACGGUAAACGAAGGCAGCAACGUUUCACUCAUCUGCGCAGCCAGUGGGAAACCAGAGCCCAAAAUCUCUUGGAGACACAUCAGCCCUUCAGCCAGGAAGUAUGAAAGCGGGGAGUAUUUAAAUAUCACAGGCAUCUCUCGGGAUCAAGCAGGAGACUAUGAGUGCGGAGCUGAAAACGACAUUGCUUCACCUGAUACCAAAACUGUGAGAGUCACAGUCAACUUUCCUCCAGCAAUCCAUGAGAUGAAAAGUCACGGGGUCCGACCCGGUCAGGUUGCCCUGCUGAGAUGUGAAGCAGCAGCUGUCCCUUCUCCAGUUUUCGAGUGGUACAAGGGAGAAAAAAGGAUCAACAUGGGCCAAGGAAUCGUCAUCAAUAACCUCAGCUCCAGAUCGGUUCUCACAGUGAAGAACAUGACACAGGACCGCUAUGGCAACUACACCUGUGUGGCUGUCAACAGGUUGGGAACAGCCAACGCCAGUGUGCCUCUGAAUCCAAUUAUUGAACCCACAACAACUAGUGCUGUCUCAAGUCCAGCAUCCAACCCCGCUAUGUAUGGAAGUACAGGAGGCGCUGAAGUCCUGCUGGCCUGCUGGUACCUGAUCCUGGCUCUCUCUUCUCUCGUCACCGUUUACUAGCCCUGGGGACGGCCAUACACAAUGACUGUAAAGAACCCUUUUGAGCAUUUACAGAUCCUUUGACAUUGCUGAUGGCUGGAUCCAAUCUGGUACAGUGUGUUUGGAAAGCGGCGAGGGAUUUUAAUCAGCAUUGCUUAUGUUGGGAUGGUAAUUUUCUUCUGUGGUAUAUGUCAUCAUGUAAAUACAUGCGGUUAUAGGGGUUUUGUUUUCCGUUCUUCUCUUAUUUCCUUUUUUUUUUGUGUGUGUGAAUCAGCACACAUUGUCCCCCUUUCGAACGCUCUCAAAUUAGCUGAAAUCACACUUUGGGAAAGCGAGGGUGUGUGACAUUAGUGUCUUUGUUAGUGGAAAAGAAGAGACCGCCCUAGUGUGCCACCUUGCUCUCCAUCCUGGUACAUCAUUCACGUACUUAUAAAGCGCGAAAGGGGUUUGAAUAACAUGCUUUUUAGACUGUGCUCAUUAAAAUCCAUUGAACCAGGAUACACUGUUUAAGAUUUCACAAAGGGAGAGAUAUUGAAAUUGAUAUCAGACGUAAUACAGUCAAAGGUGAAGCGAACAAUUGAAGAGCAGCUUUAGUUUAAUACGCUACAGUAAAAAAAAAAGAAAUGAUUAUUCAUUUUUUUUGGACCAAAUCUACAGCCAUACCUCAAUGAUUUGAAACUCUAGGCUAUAGACUCCAAUUAUGCAGAGGAAGAUGGUACGCCUUUCUAGGCUGAUUUAAUUGCUUGUACAAUCCUAGGUUGUACUCUGGAUAUGUAAAACUAUGAGGCAAACUGACAUUCUGUAACGUUAUUUGUGACUGAUGCAGUGGGUAAAAGGUUAUAAAACAACAAAGCGGAGUCACAAAGCCGUUCCUUUUGCCCUGGAGGUCUUUAAAACGAGAGCUAUAUUGUGGAAUACAAAAGAAUAGGGAAAUAUUUAGUGUUGCGUUUGAUGUUAUAUUGAAGAAGAUAUGAAAUAAUAAUAGCACAUAAAGGCAUUAUGCAGUUGGCAGCGUGAAUAAUAAUAAUGUAACAGGCAAAUCCAAAGUCCAAAGUUGAGGGAAGACAGCCAGAACUGGCUCAUAUUUCAUUUCAAAUGACGAAAUUAUGGACAGUGUCUAAUGGUACUUAUCUGACGAUCCUCCAUAUCAUUUGUUUUCCUUCAUUUUAUAGAUUAUGCUGUAUGGUUGUGAUCAUUUGAACUGGAUUUUAUAAUGUAUUAACAUAUUACCUGCUUUGCUUCUGUCAGUGUGAAAUAGUUUCGAACAGGGAAGCAGAAAAAAAAAAAAAGAUUAUGCACUUCCCUUGUUGGGACAAUACGAAACUUUCAAGUGUGGAUCCAAACAUGUGAAUGAAUAUUAUUUGAAAAUACGUAUGCAGUAUGGCAUAGUUUACAAUGUUGUCUUUCAUUUUAGAUGCCACAACUGUUGUUGAUUCUUGUCAAACGAGUAGAAGUUGGAGAAAAAAAAAGAAAAAAAACAAAGCAUUUGUAAUCAAAUAAUCUACUUUUAUCUCAGAGGGUGUGAACCAGUCAUACGGUAUAAUAGAAAACGAGUCACGUGUGUGUAUAUUCGAAGAGAGUAGAACUCAUUUUAUCUUAUCGGUAGAGCCAGUGUCUAGGUUUAGUUUAACCUCUACCCUAGUUCCCACACACUUGUUGUAUACUACGAUGUGCAGAAAUUAUAAAUGUGCUGCAUGUCAAAUUAAUAUGUAUGUUAAGGUGGCCACUUACCAUAAAUCGAUAAUUUGAGAACAAAACCCGUUUCGAGGCUGCUUUGACUUAAUGAGAUGUGUUCCACUCUACUGAUGAUCACUAGGCCUGCCUGUUUGAGCAGUGAUGAAAUGCUCUUCUCAUGUGAAAAUCAUCACAGAAUUGUUUCUGCUCGGUGUGCAAUAUUGGGUCCUUUCCCAUAACGGACUUUGUUUGGUUAACGCUUGACGAGUUUACGUUCUUUUCUGCGUAUUAUUUGUUUGCACAAAUACAUUUUAAAUGACACGAGAAGUCAUCAGUGGACAUUUUUAACAGAUAUUGUAAGGUAUGACAUAAACGUCCUUUCGCUUAUUACGAAUCUGAAAGCCUCAAAGAUCAAACCGGAGGAUGUUUAAAUAUUCAUUGCUGUGUUAAAACCGAGGCCUGGCUCUUGUCAUGUAAAAAAGUAACACUGCACUUGCUUAUCAUCACCACGAACUUACAUAAUCGCAGAUUAACAGCAGUAGCUUUGAACAGUAAAUACACCGCAAUUCAUUUCAACAUGAAAUAACAUUUCGAGUCCACCCUAGAAGCAAGUACUGUAUAAAAUGUGCCUUUAAAAGUAUUAAUUGAUAUGAUCUGUUGCCAUUUCAUGUCUAAGCCUCGCGUUUGCCAUUCAUAUCUACCAUACGGUACAGCUUUCAUUGUCGCGCAGUAUUUCUGGCUCAUAUUUAAUUAUUUAAGUCGAAACGAACAGCUAAUAAAAAGGGCAUUUUUUUUAAACGUCUGACAGUUUUGAGUUCUGUAAAGAUAUAAAGGUAGCACAUGCUCUUUAAUAAAUAUUGUGAAUAAAUCAUCAACAAAGAGCUCAUUAAAGCAUCAUUAAAGCCCCGUAAGUGGAUAUCAAGAUAAGAACAGCAGACAAGACGCAUUCAUGCAUGCAUAAUUCUCCUGAAAGUUACAGCCUUUCAAGAAACAGUCUGUAAAUAACAGGCAAAUGUGCUGCAGAUUUUUCCCUCUGAACGUCUAAUGACUUGAUAAUCACAUUCCUGGACAUGCAUUAAUAUUCAAUGACUAUUCAAUGGCUCACAUCAUGCAAGCGCUAAUUCGAAGAAUUGUGACAGAUAUACAGUGCAUGGUGCUGCUAGUCAUGAAAACUCAAUUUUAUUUUUAGUUUUUUACGAAUGGGUUCAAAUUGCUGCAGGCAACUUGGUGAGUUUUAACCCAAGGAGACCCCUGGAGUUUCAACAUCUUCCUGGAUCACUCGCCAGUUUUUUGAUUUGACUUUUUUCUUUCCUUCCAAAAUGAAUCCUCCCCAAAAAGUAGAUGUAUCAGCGCACAAAUACAGCCCAAAACAUUUAAGAUACUUCAUCUCCUAUCUGGAGCUGGGCUGCUGGCGAGACAGAAUGAGGGUGGUAGGCGGUAUUUCAAUGAUUAAAAACCUGUCAGCUCCAUCUCUGUCUUGGCUGGACUCUUUUGAAAGUCGGUUUGAGAGUGCUGUGUGUGCGGUCAGGGGAGGCGAUUCUUCUGACCUGGCAGUUAAUAAAAUUCUUCCUGUGCCUUUGUCAGUUUCUGGAGGAUUUUUUUUUUUGCGGAGAGCUGGAGGCUGCUGCAUUAACCAGCUGCGAGCGCUCACUCUCCCAGCAGCCUGACAGUAAUCUACAUAAACCUCUGUCCUUUUCAAAACGCUUGCCAGUAAUUGCAGUUUUGCAGUAUUCUAAUUGACUCCACGGAGCACCGUAAAGAACAAAAACCUAUAAUCCUUCCCGAAAGCCCGUUUCGCUGUUGUGUUAAACCUUCGAAUGAUACGAAAGUGAUGACAAACGAACCGGACGCCAUGACUGUACUUAGCCUGUAGAAGCACUCGCGGUCGGGAUAAUAAAGUCGCUGCCGUUGUUUUGUUUUCCUCGCCAUCAAGUGUUUGUCAGCCUCCCUCGCUCAUUAUUUUCACUGAGCUGGAAAAUAAGUUAGCCAAGCACUGAUGCAGUGGUUUUGAUAAUGCUAAGGUUUUUAACAGAGCCGUCUUUUGCUGAGCUCUGUGUCUCGGCGUUUACGUAAAUAAAAAAGAAAAAAGCAAGGGAUCAAAUUUCAAACUCAAGUCCAGGGUUUUAUGAACACGCUCUCUUAUUCACUGUUAUGUCUCAUUAGAUGUCGGUUGGCCUGGUAAUUUGUUGCUAGCUGUUUUGAAUGGCAUGGACUAUUUUUGUGUUGGCACCGUUCAUAUCUUGAGCAGUUAUUUUGUGAAGUGGAAUAAGUCCACCAGUGAAACCACCCGUCUGCUACUGAGUAAUUGAGCACAGAGGACACCCGCCAGAUUGAUUCAAAUUUUACUAAUGCUUUUUUUUUGGGAAACAUUUGGUGAGCUUUGGUUACUUCUUUUUUUUUUUGUAUAUACAUGUUUGUUUGAUUCUUUUGGUACUUUUUCAUUUGGUUUCGUUCAAUUUGGUGACAAAGUAUACAAUGGACAUUGUAACCAUCUCGGGUUGGCUGUACUUUUAUUUCCUAAACUCUUGAAGCUGAAAUUUCUGUGAUGAGAAAUUUGAAAUGGUCAUCUUUACUUACAUGUGUAUGGAGAUACUUUAGCCACCAGGGAUAUAGUUGUAUAUUUUAGGCUCUAGAUCACUGGAAUGACAUAUAUGGCUUUAAGUGGCAUUGAUAUAUAUUGAUAUUUGUCAAGAAAAAAAAAAGAAUCAUAUACUUUAAUUACUUUAAAGCUUACAUUGUGUAUAGCACGUAUGCAAGUUCAUUUUCAUCAUGUUUGAUGUAAUUUUGUAGCAGUGGUUUGAUACUAAUAAAGUUGGAAGUUGGUGAUGGAACUGUGAAA